UGAUUUGGUUUCAAACUUGCGUUGUUUUUAUGUGUAACUAAAUAGUACAUAAUAUUUAUAAACUUUAAGUGUUCUGUGUCGUAAAAAUGUUGUUUCUAUAAUGUAUGGUUUUGUGAAGUGAAUAAAUAAUAUCGUACGAUAUGGACGACACUCAAGCAUCCAUGAGAAGCACGACCGACGCUGCGGCAACGAGGAAGCGCAGAUCGUCUAUACUAAAGAGUCAGCGGCCGCCGCGCACGCCGCUGUCUGAGCUAGAGUUUAACGUAGCCACCCCCACCGAUACAGCCAAGAGUCGUCGCGUCAGCUUCUCGCGGCGGACUGGUGUUGCGGAAUUCGUUACAAAUGAAGGGACAACAACCUGGAAAAACUUUUAUGAAGAGCACAACAAAUCUUUGGAGAAUUCGGGCAACGAAUCGGUCGCGAACGCACCCCGCCACAUGUCCAUCGGCCACAUCGGAAAGAGAAUAUUUGACCAGCAGUUCGAGGAAGUUGAAAUCGUGGACAUUGGAGGCAUACUUCAACCAAAAACACUCGCACAUGAUUUUCAUACAUCACUUAAUAAUCUAAACAUCACGCAACAGUUAGCAUCCCUAGAAUGCCAGGGCGACGAUAGGAAACUGACCGCCCCUCUUCAAAAUUUCGAUUUAAGCUCGCUCACAGACCAUCAGAGUAAAGUUUUCCGUGAUGACCUCAGCAUACCGACUAUGCCUGAAAUGUCAAACCCAAUUGACAUAAAUUUUUCGAUGCGACCUAUGAACUCUAAAGACGAUUUAGAUGAAAUAGUGAAAGAUUUGGGUAGGAUGCAACCAACGAAUGUUGUAUGUGCAGGUCCGUUUAAUGGUAACAAUAUGUCCGAGUACAUUGAAAUAGACCUGAACAUGACUCAUGUCGCAUUAAAGAAUGACGAUUGUGAGAUGUCAAUCACAGACACAAUUCGCAAUCCAGAAGUCCAGGAAGUUUCUAAAAGCAUAUCGUCCAUUCACAAUGAAAGGAAACUUAACGAUGAAAACGAUUGGAUAGUUGAUAAAGAAAAUAUUGUAAUCAAUCCUUACGUAACACCGAAAGAAUCUAAAAAAUUUAAUAUAAAUGAAUCCUCUGAUAAAAUAUUAGUGUUCGAUGGCAAGAAAUUAACAGUAAAAUCAGAAAGAGAGACCUUAUCGAAUUUGGAGAAAAAAUGCGACUAUCGAAGUACAUUGUUACCUGAUACCACAGAUUCGCCACCGAAAAGGAAAACAAUUGUUUUAAAUACAGACGACGACUUACCAAAUUUCAUGUUCAAUAAAUCAAUCAUCAAUCAAUCAAUCAUAGGAAAUCAAGAAGCUGACAGUCCAAAAGAUUUACCUCCAUUUAAACAAAGCAUUGUAAUAUAUAACGAAUGUGAUAUGUCCAUAACACAAGCAGUGAACAAUGAAGUCAAGAUACCAAAGAGACAAACAAUUGUUUUUGAGGAUGACAUGGGCAAUAUCUCCAUUACCCAGGCUGUUCCAGCUAAAGUUAUUAUCAAUAAGCAAGAAAAGAGGAAAACUAUUAUAUAUGAAAAUGACAACGCAAAUAUAUCAGUGACACAAGUGGUGCCAACAAACAUUAUGGCUGCUAAUAAAACUAUUGUUGAGAAAAGCAAAACUGUUGUAUAUGAAGAUGAUAUUUCGUUUACACAAGCGCUACCGGGUAAUUUGAUUCUGAACGAUAAUACUAAGAAAUCGCAGGAUAAUACAAUGUAUUACCAAGAUGAUUACAAUAUAUCUGUCACUCAAGCUGUUCCAGAGAAUAUAUUACAUUUAGCGAAAAAUGAGAGCAAUAGUAACAUUACGAUUUCUCAAGCCAACAAAAAGGUUAAGCCAAACGAUUCAGCGAUGACUGUAAUUUACGACGGACAUGCUAAUGAAGAUAUCGAGAUUACGCAAGCAGUUUCAGAUAAUAUUUUAUUACCUCUUAAAAAAAGUUCUGAAAAACGAAAGACUCUGAUAUUUGAAGAUGAUGCUGGUGAUAUAUCAGUAACUCAGGCGGUUCCAGCAAAUAUCAUGUUAGAAACAUUAGAAGCAAAACGCGAAACAAACCCCGAAUCACUUAAAACCGAGGACACGGUCGCUUUAAAUAAGUCAAGUGUACAUUCCGCUUAUGUUAAAGCUGAACUCCAUUCAAAUGAUCAAAUCGAGAAUAUUGAGAAAAACUCUAAUAGAAGGAAGACAAUAAUUUACGAUGAUGAGGCAGGUGAUAUUUCAAUGACACAAGUUAUGCCUUCUAAUAUUAUAGUGGAAUCAGAAAUUGGAAAAAUGGAAAUAUCAAGUGACCACAAUAUAGCAGAUCUUUCAUUAACACGGGCGUUGCCUUCAAAUAUAUACGUACUAAAAUCGGAAAAUGGAAUUAAAGACGAAUUAUCUAGCCUUCUACCUAAUAUCGACUGCAAUGCCAAAAAUAUCUCGACAAAUUUUAACACUAGUAAAAAAAAAGAUGUUUUGGUACAGUUAAUUGAGGAUAAUAAUACGAAACGAUACUCUGAACUCCGUGAAACUAGCGGGGGUAAUUUAUCAAUUACGAAACCGAUUCCAAGUAUUAUUCUUGAUUUUCAGAAGGAAAUAACCAGUAAAGGGAUUGAAGUACGCCCAGCAAAAAAAUUAUAUACGGAAACUGAACUGUUAAAAGAUAACUUAUCCAUCAAACAAGAUAUUUUUAUAUAUCAGGCUGCAGAACAAAGUAUUUCCGAAUCAGAAAAAGAAAGCAGUGUUGUAGCCUGUCCUUCGGGAACUAGUAUCAAGGAAUCGAACGAAUCCGUAGUAUGUAAAGAAAACUUCAGUGUAAAUAAUUCAUAUGACUCAAAAUCAAAAAAGUCCUUAAACUGUACUAAGAUUAACGAAAGCUUUAUCGAAGAAAAACAAAGCAUAGACUAUGAAAGUGAGCAUCAAAAGAACUCUAUGGUAAUCAGGCAAAGUAUAACGAGAUAUCUUGAUGAAAAAUUAAAGGGCAAAAAAUCUUUCCUCAAUGAGCUAUUAGAUAUGUCAAAUGCUUCGUUGGAAACUGUCGCCAAAUCCGAUGUAAUUUCAGCCGAACCAGGGGUUGUUGUAGAUACGAUAAUAUAUAAUAAUGUCAGUCCAAACAGUAUAGAAAAAUCUACUGGAAGCCUGUUUGUCAUAACGAGUGAUAAUGAAGAUGACGUCGAGGACGGAAAUAGUACCAACAAUAAAUCAGAACAAUUACAAAAAAGUUUUGUUAGUGAACCGAAACAGGAAAUUACGAAAAAUAUACCAACCAAUGAAUAUCUUGAAGAAUCAGAAGACGUUCGGGACUUACACAAUAAGAUCGCUGAAUUAAAAGCUGUUAAUCAAUCAAAAAGAACUUCAAACAACCGCCAUUACGAAAGAGUUGUUAGCUCUGAUCUAUAUGAUGAUAAAGAAAGUUUAAAUAAAUCUGAAGUUAAUGAAAAAAGAGUAAGAAAAAGUAAGAAAUCUUUUGUAAACGCUGACGAUACAAGGGAAUUGCUAAAAAUGCUUUCAGAUUUCACAGAAGGGACGACCGAUGAGUCAGAAAAAGAUAACUCGAUAGCCAAGGUAGAUAUAAAAGAAAGUUUACCAAUCGAAAAGAAAUAUGAACCCAGUCGUAUAAUCCCAAUAAGACAGUCCUUGAGUAGAGAACAACUAUUGUGCAAUAUAUCGAUGGCUAAAGCCGCUCUACAGCAAUCUCAAUUCGAAAUAGAUGAAGAUGAAAGCUUAGAAGAAUCUCAAGACUCGCCAGAGGAAAUCCACGAUUCACCAGAAGAAACUAUAGAGGAUGAUAAAUCCCGGAGAAAAUCCGUCAGGAUUAGCAAUGAAGUAGUUAAAACCUUACAAUUCGAGGAAGAAGAUUCUUGUUUAAGCGAGGAAAGUCUGAAAUCUGGCGUUAAAAUAUCACUAUUAAAGAAAACCGCCUUCGGUGAAACUACGUACAUGAGAGAAAAUAAAACGCGUGUUAUACCGAGCUACUUAAAAGAUGUGUCUGACAAUCUGAAAGAUCUUAUGAACGAUCUUGUCAAACCUAUGGCAGAUGUAAUGCCUUUUGAAUCCGUUGGUCUAGACAAGUCUUUUGAAACAACAGGAUCAACCUGCAGUACACAAAUGCAAGCUAAUUUAAUGACUUCGAGUCAAAUAGAUGUUGAUGUUGAACUGCAUUCUAAUGCAGAGUCAGUUGAAAAUAUUAAGAAUAUUAAAACGAAUCGAUCCCCUUGUAGAGUUAUCGAGAAACCAGCUUUAACUAACAAUGCAGACCGAUCUUUGACACGUUCCUUCCAAUCUUUAUCUGCAUCUAUGAAAGUCGACCAUUCUCCUAUCUUACAAACGAGUAUUAAAAGACCGAUACCACAAUCUACGGAGAAUGAACCUGUUAUAGUAUUCGAUCAUUCAAAUCCUCUGAACAACGUUCUGUUAGCACCAAUAGAUGGCGUCAAAGUACAUAAAUACAAUCCGAUAAGAUCAACAGAAACUAUGCAUUCGGAACGCGAAAACUUCACCGAAAUGGAAGUUACGAAUGUUGAAAAUAUCGUAGAAGUUGAGAGAUUGUCAACGCAUUAUAACGUGGAGGGUUUAGUAUGCCAGCGGCAAUCAACGCUACAAUCAGGGGAUGUUUAUCAUGAAAAAGUCAAAGAUACCAGCAGUUUAGCUUCAAAUAUCAGUAAACCUUUAUCAAUCGAUCGUUCAACAGAUGGAUUGUUGAUUCAAGUUACGAGCACUGAAGUCAACACUUUAAUUGCAAUGAAAGAAAAUAAAGAAAUCUUGGAAGCAAGCUCUUCACUCACUUUAGUAGAUGAUGCACUGGCACAAAGCAUAUUAGAUGUAGAAAUUGAGAGUAGAACUUCUAAAGGAGCUAAUAAGCCGAAAUCACCACUCAGGGUGAUUUACCAAAUGGAAACAGAUGGGGAACUGUUGCAGAAAGUCAAUUCUGACGCAACAUCGAAUAUCGAAACCGAUGAAGAAAACGAUAUAACUAAUACGAGAAAACGUAGCUACAGUCCCACUAAACGAAACGAAGAUACAGCGAACAACUCAAAUAUAGAGCUAACGCCAAAACCGAUUAACAAAAUGCAGAAAAUGUCCAACAGUCCGAGAGAACAUAAAAAAAUCAACGAUCGCCUCGACAAAUUAUUAUUGUGUUUGGAUAAAAUGGAGUCAGUGCCCAACAUACCAGAUGGUUCCGUAAUUCAUGAUGAAUCACCAAAAAAGAGAAGCCCGAAACGGGAUAAAGUUAUAGUGCAACGUGUUCGCACAGAAUGUACUAGGGACGCAAGAACUGACAAGAGUGCUAUAGAAUCCAUUGAUUCUUCUAAAAAUGUCGCCGAAAGCGUUAGUGUGGAGAUAGCGAGCUCAUAUACCAGUAAGGAGGCGAUUAAGAUUCAAGAUGGCGACAGAUCGCCCAGCAAUCUAUCGAGCAAUCCAAGUAUGAACUGGGAAACCGAAAUCAAUGAGCCAAGUUCGCGAAACAUUUCGGCGUGUAGUUCAAACGUCAACGUUGUAGAUAGAAUCAACAUGCUGAAGUUUAUGGGUCGCGAGUGUGAAUGGGAGUCGUCCGGCGGCGACGUAUGGAUGUUCCGACUGUUGCGCUCCCGCGUCCGCAUCACAGCGCGACUGUCGCAUCGCCACCACAAUGCGUCGCGGUCGCUCGUGCUGUCUGACACGCCGCUGGAGGCCGUCACCGUGGAGCCCAUUGGACCAGAAAUAAAGGAUCCCAUAGCGGCGCUGUGCGUGCGCUUCGCCGCGGAGGCGAUGCGCUACGAGAGUGCGCGCGAGGGGCAAUGUGCGCGCGCGCAACACGUGCCCGCGUUGUUGCAGAGAUGCGCGCGCGUCGCACGCAUUGCACUGCGCUGGGCGCGGGCGAUGCGCGACGCUCGCUACCAUCUCGCGUACACCGCCAGCAAAGACGGCGCCGUCACACUCAAGGUCGCUAACUUCCCCCUACGCUCGGUGUGGGAGGUGCGCUUCCGGAUGGAGCUGGUGGUGGGGGACGCGGAGCAGGUGGCGUGGCCGUGCGCGACCGACGUGCGCGCGUGCUCCGUGCUCGCGGACACCAAGUCCACUGUCGACGUGGCGAAGCUCGCGGAUCAGAUGCCUAGGGACUGGAGGCACGCGCCCGCCACAAUAUGGUCAGUGUUUAGGUACCUGAAGAACAAGACUAGUGACGACGAUCAUUUUCUCGGUUUAUUAUAAAAUUGCAACAUUCAAUUGAAGAGCAUUUCAUUUAUUUGGGUUAUUCCGUUUGUCACCCUAAGGCGAUCGCCACUAGGGUGUAUUUUCGGAAAUUUGGGCUUUUCUAUCCACCACAGCACAGCUAGCAUGGGUAGUAAACAGUUAUAUCCCUGGGGAAUUGAUAAAAAUUUGCCUUUUCACACAGCCUUAAAAAAAAUUAUAUCCCGGACAGGGGAUAUAAUUAACGUGUCCACCCUACUAAAGCACGGGAACGGGAUAGGAGAAGUUUACCCCCGUUUAUUGUUUGGAUAUUAUUUCCACUUGUGCGCCAGUGCUCUGAGAGUUGAUAAAGCUGUGUGAGAAGAUAAAUUUUUACCGGGGAAAGGCCCCGGUCAUAUAAUUGUCUCCUAACCCAUGCUAGCCGUGCUGCCAAUUCUAUUUAUCUCCUUUACUCGACAUAACCUUGAAAUUCAUAUUCGAUUGUUGAAACACUACCUUUGCGAAACCUCUCCCUGCUCUAACGCGACUUUCAUUGAUCGUAAUAUUAUUUUAAAUACAUUGCAGAAGACUGAUUACCAUUUACCUAUUCGUAUUAUUCGUUUGGUACGCACAACAAAAUAUUUUUGUGUGCCAAAACUAUUUUAACCAGAUGCCAUUAAAAAAACCUAUUAAAAAAAAAAAAA